CAAUGUGCAGCCUCCAAGCAGCCCAGGGCGGAUUGUCCUCCAUACCUGCGCGACAGCGCCGCAACUUCGGGCCAGAUGGACCUCGGCCAUGGAGGUCUGCGUCGACAGGCCUUCUCCAAACUCGCUGCCCUCUCCGCAGUCCGAUCCCCGACCCGCGACGCAGAAUUCAAACGUCUAACCUCGUCGGUGCCCUCCACCAAAUCCCAGGGGAACGGCGGUGUUCUCGAUGGAGUUCUUCGGGCUAUUGCACCCACUUCGCGGGUGCCUAUGUCCCCUCGCGAACUCGAUGUCUUGCUGGCGUUGUGCGCAAGUGCCCAUGACUUGCACGAGCUGGCUCAUGCCGACCGCCUAGUCAAACAGUUGACUGCUUACCUACCCGAGUCGCACCUACAAGUAUUCUCAUCUUCGCCCUUUAUCCAAGAAAUCAGACCCACACCAUGGACGGCCCUUACAUUUCAACUUACAAAGGCGCUCCUCGUCCUCGGGCUCAGAUUUCCCCCCUUGAAAGAAACAGUCGCGUACAGCAUCAAGUCGUAUACGCAGAACUGGUCUCGGUCUGCUUCGGCGCUGGCAGCCGUGGGAGUCGGCGAGCAAAAUGCAGACGACGACGAAAUUCAGGAGAUUGCAGCCAUAACGGUCUCGUUGAUCGGGUUUCUCGACGCGGCCGCCGCCCAUGGAAAUUUCUGGUCCCCCUAUGAGACAGUCGAACUUAUCCGGUGCUUGAAAGAAGCUCUGUCCGAGCGUUUCCUCAUAGCCGUUGAGACUGCCUCGUCGGCUAUCCGAAAUUCCACAUCCCCCGACGCCGCCGAACGAGACUGGAGAAAAUACCUGAAGAGAUUCGCCGCGCAGGGGCUGCCUGUCGGAGCCAUGCUGCUGCAAAAAGGUUUCAUGAAACUGGUCCUUGCGUGCACGGCCAGAAUGUUAUGCGAUGAGCAUACCGUAGACUGCGGAGACAUACUUGAUCAAUACAUCGCCGGUAGUCACCUGAACCGAGUUAAAGAUGACGGGAUCAGUGACGACAUGGUCGAGUACCUGGUAGACAUCGUCAGUGAGCAAAUGCGCGUGCUGGAGGAUGGCUCAGAUUACUUGCAGCUCAGCUCCGUCUGGCAACAGCGACUCGCCUUUUCUGUCAAAGCAUACGCCGUGGAAGCAUAUCUGCAUUGUUUGGUUCUGGAUGAGGAGAUUGCCGAUCCGGAGGAUCUGGCCGGAUGGCUCGAAGAUUCGAUUGCAAACCAAGUUCAGAUGGCGGAUAUUGACCUUGCGGACAUUGUGCUGAAAAGCAUGGCCGUUGUGGCCAAAUACAUUCCUGAAGGUGCCAACAACUACGCCCGAGUCCUUUUAAGAUUCAUUGUCCGAGGCACCUCGAGACCACCAGCAGUAGCCAUCGCUGCACAAAGUCUGUCGCAUAUCUUGAGGAUGCUUUCCCACGAUGCUGUCAUCACAACGAUAUAUUCACUGGGAAAUGUUCUCAGCUCCCAGACAGGAGCCGAAAAGGUACAUCAGGCCCACGGGAUAUUGGAAAUCACAGGCCAGAAUGGCUCAAUGUCAUCUACGACGAGACUUCGCACUGGAAGUGUCAUAUCGCUCUCCUUAAGUGGCGACGAAGAAACAUCACUGGUCUGUGGGAAUGUUGCAGACGCGAUCGUGGUCAUAGCCACCGAAUGCAACGACAGUAAAAUCAUCGCUUUAGCACAGAUGAUGAUGCUGCAAAAGGUUGGCAGAAUCAGCGUCGUGGUUGACGCUCGUAUCAUUGAAGAAGCCGCAAAGCUUGCCAUUAUUGGCAAGGAAAACGAGUUCAAGGCUCUACUCAGGCUCUACACUCGACUCCAUCACCAGGCUGUCGUCCAGGAAAACACCAUUAUCUCACAAGCUGUCCGCAACGGGCAAGAAUACUUGGCAAUUAAUUUGGACAACCGAUCGCCGCUAUUCAAGAUCUAUGCAAUGCAGCUGCUGGAACGGGUCCUCAGCAAAGGGGAUGUCGUGGAAGGAGAAUUCAAGCAGUCCGCAGAAGUCGAACAGGCUGCGAAAGAGAUAGCACCUCUUCUGAAGCCUUUGUCUAUUCUGGCUUCGCGAAAACCCGCUCUGACGAUCGAAAGCACACUUGCCGAAGAUGGGGACGUGCUAAGUAUGGUUCGAGAGGUUUGGUACAACGUGGCCGUGCACGGAAUCACACUUCAGUCUCGCAUUGGUCAGCAAUAUUAUCAUGAAUUGCGGGUGUUGGCGAUGAACUCGAUGCCUCUCGUGGAUGAUGACCGGGCCGAGCUUCUAGAGUCAGACGUGGAAAUCAACACUGUCCUACGGAGGGGAAUGAACUCUCACCAUAUGAACGACCAAAAGAAAGCUCUACUCUUCGCUAUUCCGGAUCGAGAAUCCGACAUCGGCAGGCUGAGUUACCAGAAGGUAGUGUUUUUAAAUGCGGUAUUUCUGGUCGAAAGUCUCCGGGCUGUAUCCGGGAGCUGUGCUGAGAUUCUGGACUAUUUCUCGGACCCGACGACACAAACCAGCCAUAUGGGAGCAUGCCUUGGCUCAAUUGCGAACGAGGUUGUCAAAAGAUAUACCCAGAAAGCUGUGGCCGGAAAGGACGACGACUUCAGCGCGCCGUAUGUGUCGCGACAGCUUGCUCGGAUUCUCAGUGGCUGCUGCCACCGUAGCAGCAAGAUGCAAGAGGUCGCAAGGGCGGCAGCCAACCAUAUCAUCAGCUUUGUGCCUUCUGCGUUGUGCCAGAAGUCCGCCUUGUUCGCUUUACUGGAGCUCCUCUCUUUAAUGUGGUCCAGUUGUCUCGAUGCAGAUACCGACGAGUACGAAUGGCGAUCCACCCUCACCUCCGCCAGAGGCAAGAUCACCGUUGAAUUGUCUGAUGACUACGCAUUCCGCAAGCGCACCCUGCAAAAUCUGCACAGUGAUGCCAGAAAAUGGGUGACCAUGGUGAUGGGAGUGGCGCCUCUGGAUAUCAAGGGCCUCCUCCAGACGUACCUAUCUGAAUUCGAUGAUACUGGGGCAUACGGCCACAUUUCCUUGGGCAGAUCGUUCGCUUUGGAGAUGGGCUCCAUGAUCCCUCCAACCGAUCGUAGACUGAACGCCAUCGACAAAAGAAACGACUCCACAGACAUCAACAUGGCGUCUGAUUUUGUAGCCCAGUACACUGCUCGGCAAGAAUAUCGAUUCACAGGUAUCCCGGAUCACCACCGCGAUAAUUUCUACAUGGAUGAUACGACUGGACGAAGAUCUUCCCUGCAGAGGCCCUCUACCGAUCCAAUGCCUAUGUUGCAGGAUGCGCUUCUUGACCUUCACAAAAGGACAAGUCAGAAAGUUCACGUCAAAGCGUUUGAGGUCAAGGAUGUUCUCCGACGCGCAGCGGCUCUACUCUGCCAAAGCAAGAAAUCACAGACGGCUAUCGUACACUAUCUGGUCAAUAUUCCCUUUGCCAUUUUCACGAAAGAAUCCAUUAAACUUGGUAUAUCUUUAUGGCUUGGGGUCAUUCAUGAGAAUCCUAGGAUGGAAGCUCGCAUCCUUACAGAGGUUGCGCAGGGGUGGGAGAAGUCGAUUGAUCGAAAAGUUGGUAUUUUCAGUCCCACAUUCGAGCAGCCGGAUCCUUUUUAUGUCAAAGAAGAGUUCGCCCCAUCUGACAGAGCUGCCUUACAAAAAGAAGCGCAAGUGGCGCACAACACCAUUGCCCCCCAUUUCCGAUUGAUGCAAUUCUUCGAAAGUCAUUUUAAUGCCAUCAGACUAGGAAGCGCCAAUACGCAACGUACGUUUAUCCGACUGCUUGAGCGAACGCUCCUCGGGUUUAUCCACAUCAAGGGACAUCCCCUUCUGCGCGACCUGCAAUUUCAUGUGGUCCUGUUUGCUCUUCGAGUCGUCAAAAAUAGUACUUGUCUCAACAAGUUGUCCAUGUGGAAAUUAAAAGAUCUUAUUCUGUCUGUCGGUCUGCAGUGGUUUGCUAAACCGCCGUUUUGGUCUUUUGGAGGUAAUCGGUUACAAUUGAAGGCUGAAGUUCAAGUUAUGCAAGAUGUUCUAGUCUUGUUGCAAGGUACACGGACACCCAUCUUCCCGGCUUCGGCGACCAGGAAAGACCCUCACCAGAAACAGGAGCUCUUGGAAGCUCUUCUCACGAACGAAAUCAACCGGCUGAACGUCUGGCUGUCGCCUCUUGGUCAUUCGGGACACCAAACUCAGCCCGAGUCUCAAGUUGCCGGCCUUGUUCGAACCGCGUGGGCAGAGGAUCCCGCACUCGCCAUACAGCUUCUGGCACGAUUCAACCAUGACCAGCUUCGCCGCGAUGUCCGCUUCAUACUCAUGAAUCAGCCGGAGAAAGCGUUGCACGAGGCCAAUGCAGUUGAUUUGUUGCUUGGGGAUGCUUUGUCGUCAGACCUGUCUUUUCAGUUGAAGUAUCUACUGUACUGGCGACCCGUCAACCCUGUUCAGGCUGUGACGUACUUCAUGCCUGCCUUUGGCAAUCAUCCAUUCGUCAUUCAAUAUGCGAUGAGAGCUGUGGAGAGCCACUCGGUCGACGUUACGUUCUUCUAUGUCCCACAGAUUGUACAGAGCCUUCGAUAUGAUACGCUGGGAUACGUCGAGCGGUACAUCAUAGAGACUGGCAAGUUCUCACAGUUAUUUGCCCACCAGAUCAUAUGGAACAUGAAGGCCAACGCAUACAAAGACGAGGACUCACAAGUGCCGGAUCCUGUCAAGCCCACGCUGGACAAAGUCAUGAACAGUCUGAUUUCAAGUUUCUCCGGCGAAGACAAGGACUUCUACGAACGGGAAUUUGCGUUCUUUAGUGAAGUGACGGAUAUCUCGGGCAAGCUCAAGCCGUUCAUCAAAAGACCCAAGCCGGAGAAGAAGGCCAAGAUCGAAGAAGAGCUUCGAAAAAUCAAAGUCGAUGUUGGUGUCUAUCUUCCGAGCAACCCUGACGGGGUGGUGGUUGGUAUUGACAGGAAAUCUGGGAAGCCCUUGCAGUCUCACGCUAAGGCACCGUACAUGGCGACUUUCCGGAUCCGCAAGAAAAAGGACGCUUCCAAUGAGGAGACGAACGAGCUGAUAGAAUUGGCACCGAAGACUCAAACCGCCAAUCCGAGAAUUGGUCACAGCCGAAGAAAUACGAGCGACAUCUCCAACGUUGAAUUGAACGACGGGAAUGCGUCAACUUAUGAGGUCUGGCAGAGUGCCAUCUUCAAAGUCGGGGACGAUUGUCGCCAAGACGUUCUCGCCUUGCAAAUGAUUGCGGCUUUCCGCGGUAUCUUCAACUCGAUAGGUCUGGACGUCUACGUCUUUCCGUAUCGUGUCACGGCAACGGCGCCCGGCUGUGGCGUCAUCGACGUUCUUCCGAACUCUAUCAGUCGCGACAUGUUGGGCCGGGAAGCGGUGAACGGGUUGCAUGACUACUUUAUCACCAAAUACGGUGGCGAACACUCUGUGCGCUACCAGGAAGCUCGGAGCGAAUUUGUGAAGAGCAUGGCAGCAUAUUCAGUCAUCACGUACCUCUUACAAUUCAAGGACCGCCACAAUGGAAACAUCAUGAUUGACGACAAGGGCCACAUCCUCCACAUCGACUUUGGAUUCUGCUUCGACAUUGCCCCGGGCGGAGUCAAAUUCGAACGGGCACCGUUUAAACUCACGCCUGAGAUGAUUGCCGUCAUGGGCGGAAAUGACCCUCAUACCAGUCAACCAUACCGCUGGUUCGAAGAACUGACCAUCAAAGCGUUCCUGGCCAGCAGGCCCUAUUGCGACAAGCUCAGUCACUUGGUGAGUUUGAUGCUGGACAGCGGGCUGCCGUGUUUCAAGCCCGAAACGAUGAGGAACUUCAAGCAGAGGUUCGUGCUGGAAAGGAGCGAGAGAGAAGCAGCAGAGUUCAUGUUGGGUUGCAUCAAGAAGAGCGCGGCGAAUGUCACCACCAAAGUGUACGAUGAGUUUCAAUUAAUCACCAACGGGAUCCCGUACUAGAAUCUAGUGCGAGCGCUAUGGUGGUGGCUGGGGAUUUGCGCGAACUAUUAUUAAGGGAGCGUUCACAUAGAGUGGUCCAAUGUAUACAGUGCAGAGUAACUCCUAGCACCAUGGCUAGUAAUGUAAUCAGGAACUUUUCCC